UUUCAUCAUAUAUACCUCCGUGCUAUCUCUCUCUCUGUGUUUUUGUGUUUUGUGUCCUAAAAGCCAUAGCCAGUGUCUCCUGCAGAGAGCUUAUCACAAGCCAAAAGGCAAAAGGGAGGGGAGGAGCCGCAGGGCUUGGCAUCUGAGAAAGAUGGGGAGGGCUCCAUGCUGUGACAAAGCUAAUGUGAAGAAAGGGCCUUGGUCCCCAGAGGAAGACAGACAGCUCAAGGAGUACAUCGAGAAGUAUGGCACUGGUGGAAAUUGGAUUGCUCUUCCUCACAAAGCUGGCCUGAAGAGAUGUGGCAAGAGCUGCAGGUUGAGAUGGCUCAACUAUCUGAGACCAAAUAUUAAGCAUGGGGACUUCACUGAUAAUGAGGACAGGAUAAUCUGCAACCUUUAUGCUAGCAUGGGAAGCAGGUGGUCCAUCAUAGCUUCCCACUUGCCAGGAAGGACUGACAAUGAUAUAAAGAACUAUUGGAACACCAAACUGAAGAAGAAGCUCUUUGGGUUCCCAUCAUCCCAAAGGAAGCCCCAUCAACAGCAGCAGCAGCAGUAUCAGCAGCAGCAUCUCUUCUCAUUUAAUCUUGAAACCAGGAGUGUCUCAUUCUCAUCACCACCAAGCCUUGAAAGCAUGCAGGUCUCCCAGAAUCUCCUGAACCCUAUAGCCACACCCACUUUCUCCUCCCCUCUACCACAAGGCUCGAUGCAUCGAUAUCGUGUCAAGGACAAUAGCAGCCUCCUCAUGUUUGGUAGCGAGCAGAGCUGCAGCUCCUCCGAUGGGAGUUGCAAUCAGAUCAGCUACGGGAGUAGUGUAGAUUAUGAGCUUUGUAACGUUGGGCAACAAAUGGGCUCUCUUGAAAGCUUUCUCCAUUGCGGGUCAGAAGAAACCGAGAAGCUAUUACUUGGUGGUGGUGAGGCCUCAUUGGAGUACAAUAUCGACGAGAUUAAGCCUUUGGUUAGUCCAAUCAACUGGUACAACAGCCCCUUUGGGGAUGAUUUAAGCAGUCCAACAGCUAAGGACAGCAGCUUCAAGACCCAGGGGAGGGUCAUGUACUACUACUGACUGCUGUAAUAGUUAUAAGAAUUUUUUUUCUUUGAGGGUAAGGCUGUGUGAUCUGAUGGAAGACUUUGACAGUACAUAGGUUAAAAAGUGAGUGUUGGCUUUUCCUGUAUUCACUUCCCGCUUGCGAAAUGAUGUUUGUGUGUGUGUGGUGUGGGUGUGGUGAAGUCCUCUUAAGCACAGGAUUCAAGAAUAUCAUAUGCCUUUCAGUGU